UGAGAAACCUUAUGGAUGCCAUGAGUGCGGGAAAAGCUUUAGUCUGCACUCAUCCGUUAUCAGACAUAGGAGAAUCCACACUGGAGAGAAACCCUACACGUGCUCGGAGUGCGGGAAACGCUUCAGUCAGUGCUCGAGCCUUAUCAGACAUCGGAGAAUGCACACGGGUGAUGUGAUGGGGAGUGAGAAUGAGGAGCAGAAACCCCAGCAGGAAGAUGCUGAGCAAGGAGAACCACAUGGAACGUUAUCAGGAAGAUCCAAAGGGAACGUUUCUGGGAGUUGUGCACUCCAAGAAAAAGCCAAUUCUUGUGAGACUCAAGAGAGGCCAAAGGAAAACUUCAGUAGCCACUCAGACCUUAUAACAUGCGACAGAAUCAACUUGGAAGAGACACGCUACAUGUGCCAUGAGUGCGGGGAAAGCUUCAAUGAGAGCUCAGCCCUUAUCACACAUCAGAGAAUCCAUGCAGGGGAGACGACCCACACAUGCGCUGAGUGUGGGAAAAGCGCUGACCCACUGAAACAGCUGUGA